AUGGAGCAGUCUAAUAAACAGCAUCGUAAGGCGAAGGAGAAGAACACAGCAAAAAAGAAGCUGCAUACGCAGGGCCAUAACGCAAAGGCCUUUGCCGUAGCAGCUCCAGGUAAGAUGGCGAGAACUAUGCAAAGGUCAAGUGAUGUGAACGAGAGAAAACUGCACGUUCCAAUGGUUGAUCGUACCCCUGACGACGAUCCGCCUCCAUUUAUCAUCGCCGUCGUAGGUCCACCGGGAACAGGUAAGACUACUUUGAUCCGGUCCUUAGUAAGGAGAAUGACAAAAAGCACUUUGAAUGAUAUUCAAGGUCCUAUUACUGUUGUUUCUGGUAAACAUAGAAGAUUAACUUUUUUGGAAUGCCCUGCAGAUGACCUGAAUGCGAUGAUUGAUAUUGCUAAGAUUGCCGACUUGGUUCUUUUACUAAUUGACGGUAAUUUCGGUUUUGAAAUGGAAACAAUGGAAUUCUUAAAUAUUGCUCAACACCACGGUAUGCCGAGAGUACUUGGUGUAGCCACCCAUCUUGAUCUCUUUAAAUCUCAGUCGACUUUGAGAGCUUCCAAGAAAAGAUUAAAGCAUAGGUUCUGGACAGAAGUUUAUCAAGGUGCAAAGUUAUUUUACCUAUCUGGUGUGAUCAAUGGAAGGUAUCCUGAUAGGGAGAUUUUAAAUCUUUCACGAUUUAUAUCUGUUAUGAAAUUCAGGCCAUUAAAAUGGAGGAACGAACAUCCUUAUAUGCUGGCUGAUAGGUUCACAGAUUUAACUCAUCCGGAAUUAAUAGAGACUCAAGGACAGCAAAUCGAUCGCAGAGUCGCCCUCUAUGGUUAUUUGCAUGGUACUUCUUUACCAUCUGCCCCAGGAACUAGGGUACAUAUUGCUGGUGUCGGUGAUUUCUCAAUAGCACAGAUCGAGAAGUUACCAGAUCCAUGUCCAACACCUUUUUACCAACAGAAACUGGAUGAUUUUGAACGUGAAAAAAUGAAAGAAGAAGCAAAGGCUAGUGGGGAAGUUACUACUGCAUCUACAACAAGAAGACGUAAAAGAUUGGAUGAUAAAGAUAAAUUGAUAUAUGCGCCAAUGUCCGAUGUUGGAGGUGUAUUGAUGGAUAAGGAUGCUGUUUAUAUUGAUAUUGGGAAGAAAAAUGAAGAGCCAAGUUUUGUCCCUGGCCAAGAAAGGGGUGAAGGAGAAAAACUCAUGACAGGUUUACAAAGUGUUGAACAAAGCAUUGCAGAGAAAUUUGAUGGUGUUGGUUUACAAUUGUUUAGCAACGGUACUGAACUUCAUGAAGUCGCCGGUGAUGAAGCCAUGGAUGUUGAAGGUGGAGAACAAAGUAUUGAAGGGGAUGAAGGAAAGAGCAAGGGAAGAACCAGUUUAAGAAAACCAAGAAUUUAUGGUAAGUCAGUCCAGGUCGAAGAUGCAGAUAUUGAUAAUCUACCGAGCGAUGAGGAGCUUUACACAAAUGAUGACGACAUGGAGAGCUCCCAACCAAGGAUGGUUGAAAUUGAUUUCAACAAUACCGAUGAACAGGGUGCUGAGAAACUAGCUCUAGAAACAGAUUCUGAAUUUGAAGAGAGUGAAGACGAAUUUUCUUGGGAAAGAACAGCGGCGAACAAGCUGAAGAAAACUGAAAAUAAGAAAAGGACUUGGAAUAUCGGUAGGCUGAUAUACAUGGACAACAUUUCACCUGCAGAAUGUAUAAGAAGGUGGAGGGGCGAGGACGAUGAUAGUGAACACGAAAGUGAUAUUGAAAAAGAUGUUGACGAUGACUUCUUCAAGAAAAAAGAUGAAACUGCUAUAAAAGAGGAUAUCAAAGAACACGCAGUUGAUUUAGAAAAGUUUGUCCCAUAUUUUGACACUUUCGAAAGAUUAGCAAGAAAAUGGAAGACCGUUGAUACAAUUAAAGACAGAUUUCUUGGCGCUGGUAUAUUAGGUAGUGAUAAAGGAAAAUCAAGCUCCAAUGAAGAUGCCGAAGAACUAUACGGUGAUUUCGAAGAUCUAGAAAAUGGGAACGAUUCUGAACGUGCAGAAGAGAACAGUGGCAAAGAAAGCGAAGAUGAGAAUGAAAAUGAAGAUAUGGAUGAAGAAGAAGAUGACAAUUCAUUCACUAAUUUUGAUGCGGAAGAGAAAAAGGAUCUAACCAUGGAGCAAGAAAGAGAAUUGAAUGCCGCAAAGAAGGAAAAACUACGUGCACAGUUUGAGAUAGAAGAAGGUGAAAACUUCAAAGAAGAUGAUGAAAACAAUGAAUAUGAUACAUGGUAUGAACUACAGAAGGCCAAGAUAUCGAAACAAUUAGAAAUCAACAAUAUAGAAUACCAAGAAAUGACUCCAGAACAACGUCAAAGAAUUGAAGGUUUCAAAGCCGGUUCUUAUGUACGUAUCGUCUUCGAGAAAGUCCCAAUGGAAUUUGUCAAGAAUUUCAAUCCAAAAUUUCCCAUAGUUAUGGGUGGUUUAUUGCCAACCGAAAUAAAGUUCGGUAUUGUCAAAGCCAGGUUGAGAAGACACCGUUGGCAUAAAAAGAUCUUAAAGACAAAUGACCCACUGGUCUUGUCCUUAGGUUGGAGAAGAUUCCAAACUUUACCAGUUUAUACAACAACUGAUUCUAGAACAAGAACCAGAAUGUUGAAGUAUACUCCGGAACAUACAUAUUGUAAUGCCGCCUUCUAUGGUCCCUUGUGUUCUCCAAACACACCUUUCUGUGGUGUUCAAAUUGUUGCUAAUAGUGAUACCGGGAACGGCUUCAGGAUUGCAGCAACAGGUAUCGUUGAAGAAAUAGACGUUAAUAUUGAAAUUGUGAAGAAGUUGAAAUUAGUGGGUUUUCCAUAUAAAAUUUUCAAAAAUACUGCCUUUAUAAAGGAUAUGUUUUCAAGUGCUAUGGAAGUCGCCAGAUUUGAGGGUGCACAAAUCAAAACUGUCUCAGGUAUCCGUGGUGAAAUCAAAAGAGCACUUUCAAAGCCUGAGGGUCACUUUAGAGCAGCCUUUGAAGAUAAAAUCCUGAUGAGUGAUAUCGUAAUUCUAAGGUCCUGGUACCCUGUUCACGUCAAGAAAUUCUAUAACCCUGUUACUUCACUAUUGCUGAAAGAAAAAACUGAGUGGAAGGGUUUAAGAUUGACAGGUCAAAUAAGGGCUGCUAUGAACCUGGAAACACCAUCAAAUCCAGACAGUGCGUACCAAAAGAUAGAACGUGUAGAAAGACACUUCAAUGGUCUAAAGGUCCCCAAGGCUGUUCAAAAGGAAUUACCAUUCAAGUCUCAAAUCCAUCAAAUGAAACCGCAAAAGAAGAAGACCUAUAUGGCUAAAAGAGCCGUGGUGCUAGGUGGUGAUGAAAAGAAGGCAAGAUCAUUUGUUCAAAAAGUAUUGACGAUUUCGAAAGCCAAAGACAGCAAGAGGAAGGAACAGAAGGCUAUUCAACGUAGGGAAAGAUUGAAAAAAUUGGCCAAGAUGGAGGAAGAAAAAUCACAAAGGGAUAAGGAGAAGAAGAAAGAAUACUUCUCUAAGAAUGGGAAGAGAACGAACAUGGAUGGUGAAGACGAAUCUCGUCCACGUAAGACGAGGAGAUAG